AUGGCGACUCUUGCAUGCCCCCAAACGCAAUGUCUUUUCAACAGAGCCUUUGGGAAGCAGGUGGUGUAUGCAAGGCAGCCACGACACGGCUUAUGCCUAGCGUUUAGACCCAUUGCUGAAGUGCGUGUACAGUUGCUUCAAUCCUGGGAGGGGAGGAGGAAUAGAAAGAAUCUGGGUGUGGCAGAAAAGCCACCUUCCGAAUGUGGAAUCAGCCGUCCAUCGGUCCUGCCUCCGACCGUCGUAAAGCCCAAUUCAUGA